AUGCGGGCGCUUGGGAUAUCGCCCGAACGCCGCAUCAAAGUGACCCCUGAAGAUGACGCUCGCGUGCUACGGCGAAUUGAUCUUGUUGUUCUUCCCCUGAUGCUAGCUGUCUACUUUUUGCAAGGCCUUGACAAGGCGACAAUGGCUUAUGCAUCCAUAUUUGGCAUCAUCGAGGACACGGGUCUCAAGGGCGACCAGUUCUCCUGGUUAGGCUCCAUCGUCUAUGUUGCCCAACUCAUAGCGCAGUUUCCCUUGGCAUGGUUGCUUGUGAAGUUGCCGAUUGGUAGGUUCACCAGCCUCAUGGUUAUUCUUUGGGGGCUCACCCUCACCCUGAUGGCUGCGGCACAUACCUUCAAGACCUUGCUUCUCGCUCGCUUCUGGCUGGGUGCUUUCGAGGCCAGUAUUGCCCCGAGCUUUAUAGCCAUCACACAGAUGUUUUGGCGCCGUCGGGAGCAACCUCUACGAAUGUCUUACUGGUAUGCUAUGAAUGGAUUCACAAAUCUGUUUGGGAGUUUGAUUACGUGGUGGCUUGCCCAGUUUCAAUUCGGUCUCAGACCUUACCAGACCAUCUUCAUCUUCUUCGGCAUUGCUACCGUUCUGUUCUCGUUCGUCCUGUUUGCAUACAUGCCCGACUCUCCGGCAGAGGCCAAGUUCCUCAGCAAGCAUGACAAGCUCAUCGCGAUCGAGCGACUGAGAAUGAAUCAGACCGGCGUCAUGUCGCGCAGGUGGCGAUGGGACCACUUGUGGGAGACGAUCCGAGAUCUUAAGACUUGGUUGUGGUUUGCCCUCAUCUUCAGCAUCUCGGUUCCUUCUGGUGGCGUCGCCUCCUUCGGCCCACUGCUCGUCCGGUCAUUCGGCUUUGACUCGUUCCAGGCUAUUCUGUUCAAUGCCCCUUUUGGUUUGGUACAACUUGUCUCUACCGUGGGUGGCUCAUUCGUGGCGACCAAGUAUCACAAGAAGGGCCCAGUUAUUGCUUUUCUAACCUUGUUCCCUAUCGCGGGUUGUAUGAUCAUGUUAUCAACGCCGCAUUCGGAUGACCGCAAGGCGACCUUGCUAUUUGGCUACUAUAUGAUCUCGGUAUUCCCAGGCAUAGUCCCCUUGAUCUACUCUUGGUCUUCUUCUAAUACCGCUGGCGACACCAAAGGCAAAUGCAACUCGUCUGCCCUGUUCAUUGGUCAAUCCCUUGGCAACAUCAUUGGCCCUCUGUUGUACAGACCCUCGGAGGCCCCCGAGUAUUUUCGGGGUCUGUAUUGGAAUCUGAUACUGUAUUGCACCAUAAUAGUCCUCGUCGGAAUCACGAGCGUCUACCUUGCUCACCUCAACCGUGACCAUAGUCGUCGUCGCGUGCUGGCAGGCAAAGACGCUAUCAUUCAAGAUUAUAGCUUGCACUCACUAGAGGAGGCGGAUCGACUUCGGAGACUGAAGACGAUGGAGGAGCAGCAGGUUGAUAAUGCACCGGAUGAGACGGGACGUCGUGUGGGCUCGCACGCAUUUGAUGAUUUGACCGACUUGAUGAACGACGAGUUUGUCUUUGUUUUCUGA